GUUUCAGUCACAGCCCGAGAUGAUGUCCCCUUCUUUGGACCCCCUCUGCCAAAUCCAGCCAUAUUUAGAAAGAGUGCAGAGUUUCGUGAAUUCCUCCUGGUCAAGCUCAUCAAUGCUGAGUACAGCUGCUAUCGAGCUGAGAAGUUUUCUAAAUUAGAGGAAAGAACCCGGAGUGCCCUCUUGGAGAGCCUUUUUGAGGAGCUGCAGCUUCGCAGCCGCAGUAUGAUGGGAUUGCCCAUAGGGGAGGAUAACAAGAUAGAGAACGGCAGUGGGGGCUUCCUUGAGAAUUUCAAGCGGGUGAUCAGAGGUCGCAGCCAGAGCCUGGAUACCAUGGGGAUAUCCAUGAGAAAGCAGCAGCCAGCCACCCUGCCCAGCCGCCCAACUACAGCUGGCCUUGCUCUCAGCCAGAGUGUCGCCGAGGGCCCUAAGGCCAUUGCCGCGUCUUUUGCCUUGCCUGGUAGGAGCCCAUCCCAUACUCGAGUCAGCCGCUUCCAUGGGCGACGGAGUAGUGCCAUUGGCAUUGAGAACAUACAGGAGGAAAAGAGCAGAGACACUGCAGAAAGGAUACAGAAGGUGCUGGACAGUCCAGGAAGUUUCUUGGACCUGAAGUCUGAUGGAUCGUCCAGUCCAAGCUCCCCAGACUUCCCUAGCAGGAAGAGCAAGUGA